AUGAAGCGUCUUGGUGAGCGCUUUCAGCAGCGCCGGCAGCAGACGGGAUCACUGCAGCAGCAACUGGCCAGCAGCAGCAGCAGUAGCAGCAGCAGCAGCACCACCACCAGAAGCAACACUCACAGCACUGCAGCAGCAGCAGACGACUCAAGCAGAAGCGCAAGUCUUCCUGAGACUGCAGUAGCAGCGCAGCAGCAACAGCAGCAGCAGCAGCAGCAGCAGCAGGAAUCCUUUAGUUCCCCAGCUUCCGCUGGCGUAGCAACAGCACCUGCAGCAACUGGAGCAGCACCAACAGGAGGAGGAGCAGCAGCAGCAGCAGCACCAGCAGCAGCAGCAGCAUCUCCUUAUGACUACUCACAGAUUUCCCCUCGAGGGUCUUCUUAUGUUUCUCAACACCCAGCAGCAGCAGAAGCAGCAGCAGCAGCAGCAGUAGUAAAACCAAUAGCAGCAGCAGCAGCAGCCGCAGCAGCAGCAGCAGCAGCGGCAACAUGGGCAGCAGCAGCCAAUCAGCAUACUCCCAUAGGGGGGUUCUUUGCUGUUGACACAGCAGCAGCAGCAGCAAAAACAGCACAAGCUACAGGUGCAGCAGCAACAGCAGCAACAGCAGCAGCAGGUAGACCAUUUGACGCUGCUGCUGCUGCUAAUGGGGGGAGUGAUGCUGCAGCAACCGCAGCAGCAGCCUCUUCUGUUGUUGCUGCUGCUGCUCCUGGUGCAGCAGCAGCAGGAGAGCCUUCGCUGCAGCAUCCUGCUUUUUGUCUGCAUCGUGCAGCAGCAGCAGCAGCAGCAGCAGCAACAGCAGCAAAGGCUACACGAGAGUCUUGCCAAGCCCGCCUGAUUUGUUGCUUCCUGCUGCAGCAUGCAGCGCAGCAGGAGGCAGCAGCAGCAAAACCACCAUUUGCUGCUGCUGCUGCUACCCUUAGCUUCUUACCCCACAAAGUGUUGCUGCAUCCUCCUUUGUCUGUUGCUGCUCUCCCUGUCUUAAUCAGAAAGGCAGCAGCAGCAGCAGCAGCAGGGACAGCAGCAGCAGCAGCAGCAGCAAAUCCACUGCGGCGUCCCCUGCAGACAUCAGGGGCUGACGUAGCAGCAUUCUUAGCCCAAGCCAGCAGCAGCAGCAGCAGCAACAACAACAACAACAACAGCAACAGCAGCAGCAACGGGAACAGCAGCAGCAACAGCAGCAUGAGCAGCAUAAGCAGCAGCAGCAACAGCAGCAGCUUGUGUGGGGUUCCUGCUGCACUACCAAUGAUUAAGACAGAAGAAGAAGGACAACUUAGAUCUGUUGCUGCUGUUUAUCCCCAUCGUCUUGCUGCAUUCCUGCUGCAGCUGCAUGCAGGCAGCAGCAAAGGGGAGAAGCAGCAGCAGCAAGUGCUUAUGACCAAUGCAGCACAAGCAGCACAUCAAAGACGCAUGCAGCAGCACCAACAACUCUAUCAGCAGCAACAGUUGCUGCUGCAGCAGCAACAUAUGCGCAAAAGACAGCUGCAGCAGCAGCAGCAGCAGCAAGACGAGGGAUUCCUGCUGCAGCAGCAGCAGCAGGACGCAGAGCUCGAGGCCCUUCUUAGCGAACCUACUGCUAAGAACCAAAGCUCUCAUCAAUUGGAUACAGAAGUUCGAUCUCUUCUUUCUACUCUUACCUCCAAGCAGCAGCAGUUACACUACAGGAAGAUUAUUGUUGACGGGCUCACAGACGAGCGGUUAGGGGAUUGCAGCUAUUUAGACACUUGUAGGCAUAUUGAGAAAUGCCGAUUUGUUCAUUAUGAAUUCGAAGAAAGAGACAAGGAGGAGCCGCUUCAUCCAUAUUCAAUUGGCCCUCAGUGCCUCACAGAGAAAUAUCCAGCUCAGUGGAUCCGCUGCGACAUCAGGACAUUAGAUUUUUCGAUAUUUAAACCCUUUGUUGAUGUUGUGAUGGCCGAUCCUCCUUGGGAUAUUCACAUGGAUCUUCCUUAUGGUACAAUGACUGAUGAUGAGAUGCGCAGCCUCAGAGUCGAUUUGAUCCAAGAUGAGGGUUUGCUUUUUUUGUGGGUUACGGGUAGAGCGAUGGAACUCGCGAGGGAAUGCUUACAGCUAUGGGGAUAUCGGCGAGUGGAGGAAAUUUUAUGGGUGAAGACAAAUCAACUUCAGCGAAUUAUUCGGACGGGUAGAACGGGUCAUUGGCUUAACCACUCCAAGGAGCAUUGCCUCGUUGGGGUGAAGGGAAACCCUAAAGUAAAUCGCAAUAUUGAUUGCGAUGUUAUUGUUAGCGAAGUCCGGCAAACAUCUCGUAAACCUGACGAGAUAUACAGGAUAAUUGAACGCAUGCGGCCAGGGACAUUAAAGAUAGAACUCUUUGGGAGGCAGCACAACAUCCGCAACAAUUGGAUUACCCUAGGGAAUCAACUGGAAGGUGUCAAGCUGGAGGAGCCAGCCGAGCUCGCCCAGCGUUACCAUGCAUUUGCGCAGCAGCAAGAGCAGCAGCAGCAGCAACAGCAGCAGCAGCAACCGCAGCAGCAAACUCCUAUUGCUGGAGGCGAAACCUCCGAUAGCCUAGGGGGAGCAGACCCUAGCUUAACUCCUUAA